GAUGCAACGUCUGGUCGCAGCGUGAAAUAUUCGCGUGCGGGUUUGUGGAUGUCGAGCAAGUAGAGAGUUGAGAAAAACAUAAAGAUCAACAUGAACUGCCAAGUACGGUGUUUUUUGGCGAUAACUAUUUUCAUUGCUACCGGUGUCUCGUGUUUGCAAUCCGAGAUUCCUUUUGCAAAAACACCACUGGGACAAAUCAACGGAUUCUACAAGUCGUCCGCUCGAGGACGUCGAUACGCUGCUUUCGAAAGUGUCCCUUAUGCUCUGCCACCGACGGGGGAGCUUCGAUUUCAGCCCCCGGUGUCGAUAUCCAAAUAUCCUGAGGUCAUCAACGCAACCGAACCACCAGUUUACUGUGUACAAUACCACACGAUAGACAAUUUGGUAAAAGGCAAAGAGGACUGCUUGUAUCUGAACAUCUACGUGCCCAAUGUGAACAGCCCAGGACUGCUCCCUGUGAUUUUUUGGAUACACGGGGGUGGUUUCCAAUACGGCACUUCAACAAAAUACGGACCCAAGUAUCUGAUGGACAAAGACUUGAUUCUGGUCACCAUAAACUAUCGCCUCGGGCCGUUUGGGUUUCUCAGUACCGGGGACAACGUGGUGUCGGGCAACAUGGGCCUCAAGGAUCAGUCCAUGGCUCUGAGAUGGGUCUCGGACAAUAUCCGCUACUUCAACGGAGAUCGGAAUAGAAUUACCCUCAUGGGAGUCAGUGCUGGAGGUGCCAGUGUCCACUACCAUUAUCUGUCACCGAUGAGUGCAGGUCUGUUUCGCCAUGGAAUAUCCUUCAGCGGCACGGCUUUGGGGAGAUGGGCUUACAAUCAUGACACGUCCGAAACAGCCAGGAUUUUGGCAAGGGCACUAAAUUGCCCGACCAACGACUCGCGAGAUAUGGUGCAGUGUUUGAAAACAAUCAGCGCCACCGACAUGGCUAAGACUGUGCAACGUUUAUUGUCCAAACUGUACUUUUCGUACGCCAUGUUUCCACCGGUGGCUGAAAAGAUCGACAGAGACUAUUUCAUUAACGAUUCACCAACGAAUAUCAUCCAAAAGGGCAAAUCGAACGACGUGCCAUGGAUCACGGGAGUCGUUAGCGAGGAAGGACUUUACAUAACAGGAGGUUUUGCUUUGAAAGACAAUCUGAUGGCGUAUACCGACGCCCAUUGGGAGAGCGUAGCUCCAAUUAUGCUGCAUUAUCCAAACACGAUACCCAAAAGUAAGCACAGCCAACUCGUGAAUUUAGCCAAGCGACAUUAUUUAGGCGACAGACCAAUAACCACGGACAGAAAGGCCAUCAAAGACUUGACUCACUUGGCUGGGGAUGAUCAGAUAACGACCGGUUCGAUCAGAGCAGCAAAAUUCCAAGCAAAAGCGCACGAGAGCCCAGUUUGGUUUUACCACUACACUUACAGAGCCGCGCACAGUACGAGUGAUUACUUCUCCAAUUCGACUGAGAAUUUGGGUGUAAGCCACGACGAUGAUGUUUAUUUGGUGCUCGAAAAUGACUUUAUGGACCCUACCACUACGCCAAGCGACAGACUAAUGUUAAAAUACAUGCUCAAUCACUGGGAAUCGGUCGCUCAAACUGGGGAACCAAAUUUAGAAACUCAGUGGCCGAGAUUGGAUCCUUCCAAAAACUUUAGUUACAUGCACAUAUCUGGGCCAGGAAACUUCACGAUGGAAACAAACGAUAACUUGGGAGAAAUAAAGUUUUGGGAAAGCAUAGGUCUGUAGUACAAGCAAACUCGUACAAAAAAAGAAACAAUUCCAUCCUUUUUAUAUUUAAACUUAGGAAUACAAAAUGUCCCUAUUAAUAUUUAAACGUAAGAAACAUAGUUUAUGAUGCCGGUCGUCAUAACAAAUAGUAGUAAUAAAAAAGCCUGACGUGUGAAAUUUAAAUCUCGAAGACGAAUGGGGCAAUUUAAAAUAAAACUUGAGCCAUUAAAGUCAUUUGAAAAGUUUUUCUUUCGGCUCUGCGCCCUUUACCGAGGCCUCGUCGAAGGCAGAAGAAAUAACGGGGGGACCGCCUCUAAAUUAGGAGUUAUCCAAGACUACCAGGAAAAGGACGGCCCUUUCGUUGAUUUGCGCUCGUUUCGCUGAGUAAAUAUCGUAAAUCAUUCGGAAGUGCGGGCACGGAACAACUUGCGAGAUUUACGCUGGAGUGGCACUUAACGUUUUAUGUCAUCAAACCAUGUAAAAUAUAUAAAUAAACUCAAAAAAAAUUUUGUACAAGAACCGUGUCACUCUUAAAAUUUUUCAAUAAUAUUUAAUAAUUUAAAUAUAGCACUGAAAUUAAUCAUAAAUAAAUCAUACUACAAUCAACUCUCAAUUUGGUUUUUCCUCUAAAUUGCUCAUUGAAAUUUUUCAGACUCGAUUAAUUCACCUUCUGCUUAACUGUUAUGAAUCUGAUUCAUUUUCAAAGUCAAGAUAUUUGGAUGCACUAGUUUUGCGUUUAAUUAGUUCGAUAAAUGGAUGAAUUUCCGAUGAGUCAAACCAAUUACUAUACAUAUAAAUAAAUCAAUGACAGUAAGCGUGCUAGUAAUGCAAAAAUCGUCACAUCAGUUUUACAAAGAACUCUUUUGAACUAAAAAUGAAAGUGCAAAAAAUAAUACAAGUUGAUUAGUUACUGAAUAAAAAAAAUCACUUGCAAGUUAUUUAAUUUAUAAGCAAUUGUAUUACGUUGGUAUUAAGGAUCAAA